UAAAAAUGAAUUAAAAACAUUAAAAGUGUAACUUAAAAUGGCACAGAAAGUAAUCAAGUACAUUGGCCGCACCACAGACUUUAAGGGCAACACGCUGUGGGAGCUGGUGUCUAACCUCCCGAACUGGGGAGUCGGCCGCAUGGUCAUACGUAACAUGUUCCAGCGCUACCCGGAGCCCUGCUACAUGAGGAUCCUCCAGGUGCAGGCGGUGGACGAGCAGCCGGACCAGAUCCGCAAGGUGCGCGUAACCGUGGAGAAGACCUGGCGCGGCGUCACCCAGCCAAAGCCCGUGGAGAUCUACAGCACCAGCUACAAGGCCGACUACGAGCUGGUGCCGCAGGCGGAGGAGGCAAAGUUCCUCAGCAACCAAAAGAAGGUGGCCCCAGUGCUGCUGCCCACAAAGAUCGAUCUGCCGCCGCUGCUGCGCGAGUACGUGCGGGAGGAGACGGGCGAGGCCAAUCCCUUCAUGAAAGUCCACUUCAAAAAGACCCACAACAAGCAGGCGCGCAUAGCCCAGCCGGGGGAGCAGCCCACCCUGCAGGUCAGCAUGGAUCUGGGCCAGCCCAAGCCAGUCAGCUCCAAGCUCUACGAAGGCCUGCUGUGAAAAGGAAGCCCGAACCGGACCGGACCGACUGUGCACUGUUAUUAAAAUAUUAAAUACUUUUAAUAUACAAUUUACCUUAAGAACAACGUA